AUGGACUGCACCAACGCUCCUGAAGAAUUCUGUCCUGAACAUAAGACCUACAUCUUUAAUACGAAUAUUGUGUUCGAUAGGUCGGGUGCUGUUAUAGAUCGAUAUCGAAAGAUCAACCUUUAUUACGAACCCUACACUCCAGCGUUACGUCCAGAGCUGGGAUUAUUUUCCACAGACUUCGGUGUUCGGUUCGGCCACUUCAUAUGCUUCGAUUUGAUGUUUCAAGUUCCAGCUACGCAAGUUGUGCAGAAGUAUAACAUCAGUGACAUUAUCUUCAGUACUAUGUGGUACUCCGAGAUACCUUUUCUGACUGCUAUCCAAGUUCAGGAGUCAUAUGCAUACACCAUGGGAGUAAACUUAAUAGCAGCUGGUACUAACAAUAUUUUAAUGGGCACUUCUGGCUCCGGAAUAUACUCUGGAAAGACCGGUGCGCUCAUCAGCAUUAUGCCGGGAGUAUCAAAAACACAACUACUUGUAUCUAGAGUGCCCAAACGUCCUGGACAUCCAACAUUUAAAUGGCCAGGCCCGAUCUACGACGACCCGAAAGCGCCUGAUGAACUGCUCCUCAAUAAAGACGUGCACCUUCAGACAUCUACCUCUAGACUUCUACGGCCGGGCUCACAGGAAUUCACGCUCGUCGACAAAGAUGUUAGAUGCGUGUUCAGAAUCAAGAUAAACAUAACAUCUGAUAUUACGAAAAAGGUUCCGCAUUUCCGAGCGUUUAUUAAGGAUGGAACUUCCGUAUAUGCACACCGGCAAGGAGGCGUAGUAUAUUGUGCAGUAGUGGCAUGUGAAAACGAGGAUGUCUUCAGCUGUCCUUAUAGAUAUGAAAAAGGUGAAAAGUUCACAGAAUUCGAAGAAUUAGAAAUCAAGAUGAUCACGUAUCCAAAUCAAUAUAAUAAAUCGUUGAAAUGUGACAAUACAGUCUACUAUCCCACCUCAUUGAAAUGUAAUAAGUUCCCUUUACGUCCGCAAGACUUCAUUUACGAAAAUUCAAUUAAAUAUGUCUUAGACAAUGUUACAGGCACCCAUGAAAACAAAGGUCAUGUAGAAAUUUUUUACCGUAUAAGAAGACCGCAGAAUGAGUUGAUUUCCUUUGCUCUUUGGGGUAGAGCUUAUCUAAGAGAUGUCCAUCUAAAGAAUGGAUCACUGAAAGAAAGCGUAUUGUUCUUACUCUGUUUCUGUAUCAUUACUGUUUGUAUUUUUUACUACGUUUAUAAGGUCUCUUUCAAACAUUCUAAAGAAGCUGAGUAUAAGUAUCUUAAACAAAUCUCUUGA